GUGAGGAGGAGGAAGGGGGAAGAGCCGAGGCGGCCGGGAAAACAUCAGCGUCGCCUCCGUCUGUUAUAAUCAGUCCGCUGAUUUCAAACGGUCGUCGAUAAAGUUUGUUCAGGGUGGGACAGUGGAAAGCCCGGACAGACCGGUGGUUUGAAUCCCAGCCGCUGCAGACCGAGAGGGGGGGAAAAAAAAGGAGCGCUCGAACUUCCUGCUUCACUACAGGAUGUCCGUCACCCCGCGACGUGUCCGCCUGAAGCCGUGGCUGAUCGCCCAGGUGGACAGCGGCCGCUACCCGGAUCUGGUGUGGAUGGACCGGGAGGCCAUGCGCUUCAGGAUCCCGUGGAAACAUGCCACCCGACACACACCUCAGCACGAAGACGAGGACACCAUAUUCAAGGCGUGGGCUGUGGAAACCGGGAAGUUCCAGGAGGGAGUUGACGAACCAGAUCCUGCAAAGUGGAAAGCCCAGCUCAGAUGCGCCUUGAAUAAAAGCAGAGAAUUCAACCUUGUGUACGACGGCACCAAAGAGGUCCCCAUGAAUCCCUUGAAGAUAUAUGAUGUCUGCGACAUCCCACAGUCCCACACUAGCCAAGCCUCUUCAGAGGAUCCUUGGACGCCGUCUGGUGACGAUCUUGGUGAGGAAGACAUUCCAAGCACACCUGGAUCUCUCCCUCCAUACCCAUCCAAUGGUACGAGUCCUUCUCCUAACAUCAUGUGGUCCCCGAUGAGCUCCGACUCCCCCAUGCAGCCACCCAGCUGCCCGCCUCCCAGUGAGGUCUGGCCCAAAGAGGAGCCGGUAGAUGUGGAGAUGCAGCCGACAGCCCUGGCGGCCCUGCCCCCCGCUCCUCUGCCAGACGCCUCGGUGCAGCCGCCGCCUCUCACAGAAAACUUCUUUGUUUCUCCGGAAACGUGGAUCACCUCUCUCCCAAUGACAGACCUGGAGGUGCAGUUCCUCUACCGGGGGAAGGACAUGUGUCCCAUCGUGAAUGUCAGCAACCCGCACGGCUGCAGGCUGUUCUACGGAGACCUGGGGCCCAUGAUCAACCAGGAGGAGCUGUUCGGGCCGGUCAACCUGGAGCAGCUGCGCUUCCCCACAACGGAGCACAUCACCAACGACAAGCAGAGGGUCUUCACCAACCGCCUGCUGGACGUGAUGGACAGAGGCCUGAUUCUGGAGGUCAACGGCCACGAUAUCUACGCCGUGCGACUGUGCCAGUGUAAGGUGUACUGGUCCGGCCCCUGUGCGCCGAACCCGGCCGCGCCAAACCUCAUAGAGCGGCAGAGGAAGGUCAAACUCUUCUGUCUGGAGUCUUUUCUCAGUGGUGUGAUCGCCCAUCAGCGUGGCCAGACUCCAGCCCCGCCUCAGUUUGAAAUCAGCCUCUGCUUUGGGGAGGAGUGGCCUGAUGGGAAACCCAGAGAGAGGAAGCUCAUCAUGGUUCAGGUCGUCCCAGUGGUGGCUCGAAUGAUAAGCGAGAUGUUCUCCGGAGACAACACACGAUCGUUUGACAGCGGCAGCGUCCGCCUGCAGAUUUCUAUCCCAGACAUCAAGGACAACAUCGUGUCCCACCUGAAGCAGGUGUACUGCCUGCUGCAGCAGGGCCAGGACAGCUGGGUGUUGCCCCCCGGCCAGGCCCUGAACACCGUUCACCAGACUCAAUGAAGCAGCGAACACUGAACUCUGAUCGAUAUUUCCUACUGCUACUGAGAGUUACCUCCUGUAAACGGUAAUCUGUGUAGUCGUUAUGUACGAGUGCGCACAAUAUGUAGUCCAGGAUUCACCUGUUUUCUUAGUUUCUCUUAUACACGUAUGCUGACAAGUCUUCUUUAUACACAUGGGAGUUUGGCCCUGAAAACUGAGCUAAUCUGCAUUAGGAACUGUAAACGAACACCGUGCUCACACGGACCAAAGUCCUCCCUGCCUCAGGGGAACAUUUAACUUGGUUAAUGAGUUACAGAUAUCGCUCGUUGCAUUAUUUAUCCACUACAGGUCCACAGAUGACCAGACUUUGUCAUCAUGAAAUGAGGCAAAAAAAAAAACCCAACAGAAAGAUUUUUAUUGUUUGAACUUUAAUGUUUUGAAGUGUUUUAGUUAAUUGGUUUGUAUAUUU